AUGAAGAAACAGGGCAGGGAGGCUACCAAGAAGCCAGUGGAAACUUUGAAAGAGUUUAUGGCAAAGAGUGGUCAUUGUGUGUAUGUGACAACAGUAUCACAAGCACUCCACAAAUGUGGCUUCUACAGGAAGGUUACAAGAAAAACGCCACUCCUCGAGAAGGGCCGCUUUAAGUCACACCCUCCCAGCCUCACCAAAACACACCUUGAAGAUUCAGGCCAAGUGGACAAAGGUGUUUUGAUCCCUAAUGAGAUUGUAUAUCUGUGGUAUUGGCUAUUUAGAACUAUGUAUUCACAGAGAUCUCAGCUUCUCUAUUUAAGAGGGAAUCUGAUCCCUGAGCCAUUGACCCAUUCAUCCCUCAUGAGAUUCUCACUGUCUGAAGGUGUAAGCCCAGAACUGGAUCAGAUGUCUAUAAAGCAAAACUAUGAGGCUCAAGAAAGAAAACAAAUGAAAAAAAAAGAAAAAAUGAAGCAACGAAGAGAUAAAUGGCUAAACAAGAUAAACAAUAUCAAACUUGCCACUCAAAAGCAGAAAGAAGAAGCUAAGAGGAAAAAAACCCCAGUCGUAGGUGAUAUGCAGCCACUAGCUGAUGCUUUGCCAGAGCUGUCUCAACUGAUUACAAGUAGCAGACAACAUUCCCUCCAGAAAAUAAGAAAAAUCAAUGUAAAGAAGAAGCCAGAUCCCAUAGACUUCAGUCAAAUGAAACCAGCACAGAAGCGCAAGUUUUUAGAUUCGGAGGUAUCAAGGUUUGCAGAGGCUUUGAGCAACUCUGUUGUUAAAAGUAGUCGGCUGGCUGCAAUUGGAGAUCAUCUGCGCAAGAGGUUAAAGCAAGAGGAAGAGGAGGUCGUCUUUUAGCUAAACUGUCAACCUGUGAAAUCAAGGAUACAGAGCAGCUGUACAAAGCUCAUGCUGUGAAAUGGGCUUACCCAAAUCACAUUUUAAUGAACAUUUAGCACCUCAUCCCAGCAGCAAUGCACUCAUUUUUUUAACAGUUAUCAAAGCAAACUUUCUUCAUGAAUGGUAUCAUCAAUAUUUUAAAACAUAACUCAAUAUUUUUUACUUGAAAUAAAAGUGAAAAAAUAUGUAGUCUUUACUGAAAGAAUAUGCAAAUUAUCAUGAAAAAUUUUGCAAAAUGUGAUUACAGUGAUUUUUAAAAUAUUUCACUGUUUUUAUUUAAUCUUUACUACACCGGCAAAAUGACUGUCAUCAUCUCUUCAUGUUGCUAUGAACUUGCGAUUCAGAACUGGCCCUGAUGCUUUCUGUGUUGAUUUCCUCCUGGGGCUUUUAUUUUUAAUGACAUUUUCCGGCUUUGUGUUUUAUGCAAGCACUCUGCCGUGGAAUAAGAAAACCUGUUUAUGGUAAGUGCCUAAAAGUGUCUAUUUAGAGCUUUUUUUUUCAAAUUAUCAUUUGCAAGGUACUGUUUGCUGUGAAACAAAAAGAAAAUAAAAAGAAGGUGAAGGCUGUGGAAAUGUGCAUUUGCUGUACAACAAUGUCACGGGUACAGUGAUGAGAAUUUUUGUAAAUCGUAGACAUAUUGUGUUGGUAACAUGAGCUUUUAAACAGAAUUAAAAUAAUUUGUGGGUCAGCCUGACCAGAUGUGGUGACACAGUA